AUGUCCUGUGAAAGGAGAACAAAGGCCGCCCGUUUCCUCGACCUCCGGUACAAGAGCGGGGAGCGCUCAGUGAGGGGCGGUGGCGGUGGCGGCGCGGAGGAGGCGCGGCGCGGCGGCCUCAAGGCGCUGCCGAAGCGCGCGCGCACCCGCUGCAGGGGGGUAAUGAACAUGGGGCAAAAGCUCUCCGGCGGUGUCAAGUCCGUGUCCCGGGAGUGCACGGCUCCGUUCAAGGCGGUGGUGGCGAGAGAGCUGGCCCCCGAACCGCCGAGGCCCGCGCGUCUCGACGCGCUGUUGGACGCGCCGCCCGCGCACUCCGACACGCAGCUCAAGCACGCCUGGAACCCGGAUGAUAGAUCAUUAAAUAUAUUCGUGAAAGAGGAGGAUGCCUUAACUUUUCACCGACAUCCGGUGGCGCAGAGCACAGACUGCAUCCGUGGGCGGGUGGGCUAUUCGCGUGGGCUCCACUGCUGGGAAGUCGUGUGGCCAGCCCGGCAACGAGGCACGCAUGCAGUAGUCGGCGUCGCCACUGCGCACGCGCCGCUACAUUCGGUCGGCUACCAGAGCCUUGUCGGCGCGACGGACCAGAGUUGGGGAUGGGAUCUCGGAAGAAAUAAGGUAUAUCACAAUGCGAAAGGCACGGGCGGCAGCGGGAGUACGUACCCUGCGCUGCUGCGGCCCGACGAGCAGUUCCUCGUGCCAGACAGGCUUCUAGUGGUACUCGAUAUGGACGAAGGCACGCUGGCCUUCUGCGCGGACGGCCGCUACCUGGGCGUCGCCGCGCGAGGUCUUCGGGGCAAGACGCUCUACCCGAUCGUCUCUGCGGUCUGGGGUCAUGCGGAGAUCACGAUGAAGUACAUCGGCGGCCUCGAUCCUGAGCCACUACCACUAAUGGAACUAUGUAGACGCGUGAUCCGCCAACGCGUCGGACGCAGUCGGCUUCGAGCCGCCGCAUCACGGCUCGCCCUGCCACCGGCGCUAACCGCGUACCUCCUCUACCGGGCUCCGUAG